GAAGAAGAAGAAGAAGAAGAAGUAGAAAGGGAAAGAAGGAGUAAAAAAGAAGAAAAAAAUAAAGGGGGAGAAUAAGGAUUAUAUUGGAAAGUGGUGUAUCUCUCGAUGACGUUGUGUGUAUGUGUGUGUGUAUGUAGUUAGUAUUGUAGGUGUAGUUGUGAAAGGUGGCGGUGACCGGUGACGAACUUACACCGAGAGCGCGUUUUACAAGCUUUUCGCUGCUACAACUCGACAACGUUGAAUCUAUUGUCAGUUCCAAUAGUAGUAGCAGCAGCAGCAGCAGCAGCAGCAGCAGCAGCAACAACAACAGCAGUAACGUGCGAGAAAGGACGCGCCACGAAGCGCCAAUAACUGAACUAGGCUACAACACCUACCGAGACUUUAAACUAACUUAAAAAAACAAUAAUAUAAUAAUGGAAAAUAGACCAACGCCGUUACGUUCGAGACGAGUAUGCAGAUUCUGCCUAACCGAGACCGAACCUUUAAGCUUCAUAUAUGAAAGGGAUCACAAAAAACCUUUCCAUGUACCGCUCACCCUGCAAAUCAUGUCCUGCGUUGCCAUCGAGGUUUAUGCUGCCGAUGGGAUGCCGCAGAUGAUAUGCAACAUGUGCAGAUGGAAUUUAGAUCGUUCGUACAAAUUUAAAUCUCAAUGUAAAAAAGCAGACGAAGCUUUAAGGGCAUACCCUUUGUCGGGUGUCUUACCACGACCAUUCCCACCAAUACCCAAUGAACCACCAGAAAGUGGAACAAAGAGAGCAUCCGAACAGAGAACCCCAAAUGAGAAUGUAAAAAAGCCACGCGUUGACAACGGUGAUAGAGAAAGACGAGAAAACAGAGAACGUGACAGAGAUAGAGAGAGGGAAAGGGGAGAAAGAGGGGAAAGGGAGAGGGAAAGGGAGAGGGAGAGGGAGAGGGAGCGCGAAAGGCAGUCGGACAAACGGGAAAAGAGUGAUUCUCGUCAUGAUUUUUACGGAGAGGAUCAAGACGGUGGUAGCGAAGAUGAACAAGAAACGAAUGAUUCGAAAGAGGAACGUCCCAAAUUAGAACCCGGUGAGAUAAGGGUUCAUGCUUGCGAUCAAUGUGAACGUACCUUUCCGUUACGACAAUCGCUUGUUUUACACAUUCACCGUGCCCAUCGCGAUCGUAAUUACAAAUGUACCGAAUGCGAUCGUAUGUUUUUCUCUAAAUACGAUUUGAGCAAGCACAUGGCUACGCAUUCCGAGGAGAAACCAUUCUCUUGUCAAAUAUGCAACAAACAAUUUUCACGAAUGAAUUUGCUACAACGGCACGAAAAGUCCCAUCGCGAAGAGUUGCGUUUCGCGUGCACUCACUGCGACGUCGAAUUCUUUACGAGCGAAGAAUUGCAAAAGCACGACGAGGCCGUACAUAAGAAAGAGAAACCCUAUCAAUGUAAUAUCUGUAACAAACGAUUCUCUUACAAGCAAGGAUUGGAACGCCACGAAAUGAUGCACAGCGAGGAUAAAACGUUCGUUUGCGAAUACUGCAAAGAAGCUUUCCGUACUAGUACGAAAUUGGCGCGUCAUUUGACAACCCAUGCAGGACACAGACCGUAUCUUUGCAAACUUUGUCCACGUUCUUUCCUUUUGUCUCAUCAUCUUACCAGACACAUGCGCUCACAUUCCGUGGAGAAACGUCACGUUUGCGAGGAUUGCGGUAAAGCUUUUAAACGCAAGGAAAGUUUGGAGGUACAUCUUUUGACGCACACCAAACGCACAGGUAUGGGAUUGACUUGUGACGUUUGUAAGCAAUCCUGUCGUAAUCGGGCGGAUUAUGUGACUCACAUAAAACAGCAUAUCGAGGCUGGAGAAAAAAUGGGACCGGAUGGUCUACAACCGGAUAAUAAGGGUAAAGUCGAAUUGGAUUCGGAAGAAGAGGAAGAGGAAGAAGAACAAUAUUCCGAUGGAGAUGACGAUUACGAGCCACCAGCUUAUAUUAUAAAGAAACUUCCUAAAGGUAAGCCUACCGAGAGCGAAGAAGAAGCUGAGAGAGCUGACAAAGAGGAUCGUAAAGAGCAAGUCGUUUAUGUCAGAGGAAAAGAUGGUAAUAUGGUGAAAAAGACGAUUAAAACGUUGAUGCCUGUUCAACGCAGAGAAGUUCAGGAAACUAAAUCUAGCAAUACUUCGUCGACUGUAAAGACAUCGUCGUCGUCGUCAUCGUCAUCGUCGUCUCAAUCAAAAGACGAGACGCAAAAGACACGAGUCGACGAUACGGAAGCACAAGUACAAAAGAUCGUGGCUUCUGUCUUUAAAGAACAUAAAAUCCCUCUGAAGCAUCAAAAUGUUCAGGAAGUUACUAAAGACGGAACUCCUUCUUCCAGUGGUCAGACUAUUAAAUCUCAAUCAUUGUCGCAGAAUUCACAAGGACAGAUCAUUUCUAAGGAUGAAAAAGUAGAUUUGUCGACGAUGGGUGGGACUCCGAAAUCGAUUAACACUGUGAAGGUUAUCAAGAGAAUCGUUGUUAGAAAGCCUAAUACUCCUACGGAUACGUCGUCAGUUACAACAGUAGCAGCAGCUAAAGAAGGAGAAGUUUCGAACGUCUUGGCUCAAAUGACACCUGCUGGUAGUGGUGCUGGUGCUGGUGCUGGUGCUGGUGCUGGAGCUGGUGCUAGUGCUAGUGCCGGUGGACCGAAGGUUACGAAACGAGUCAUAGUUCGUAGAAUUAUUCGUCAAGGUGAUACCACAAGAGAAGUUAUCAUGAAUCCUGAUGGUACGAUAAUCGAUCCAGCCGAAUUAGCUAAACUUCCUACUGGUAAUGUUGUCAAAAGAGUGAUCGUUAAGAAACCAUUAGAUAAAGCUUCAGGAUUGGUACAGACUGUACUUCAAUCUUCUGCAGAUACUCGACCAACGACUACAUUGAAAACUAAUGAAUCCUUAUCAGUGGAAUCACCUAAGUUUGAACUGAAAACAUCUGCAUCUUCCAGCUUGACAACGUCUACACCGAACACAAUGAUAGCACAAAAAAUGACUGAAUUGACGAAAGGUGAUCAAGAGACUAAAGAAAAAUUGGAACAAUUGGAGAAACGAGUAGAACAACAACGAUUGAAGAUCGAGGAACUUCAAGCACGAAAGCAACAGGAAUAUGAACCAAUAGAUGAGAUGCUGCCAGAACGACACGACGAGUCGGAAGACGAACAACAAUUACCAUUGAAGAGGGUAUUUGUUAAAAGAAAACAAAGUAUUUAUGACGAGGAACAAGAAUAUAAUGAUGAUGUUAAGCCUAUCAUAUUUGGUGUAUCAUCCGAAAAGGAGAAUCAACAAGAACAACAGCAACAGCAAUCCGAAAUUAAGGAAGAGAUCGAUGAAAAUGUUCAAAAGUUACAAGUCACGACAAUAACUACGACAGCGGAUGGCAUACAAAUUGAAGUCCCUUCUCUAUCGUCAACGGUCCCUGCUUUAACAUCUGUAACACCAACUACAACGGCAUUGGUCCUUGCCACUCCUGUUUCUGCAUCAAGAAAGGAAAACAGACAAGCCAUUAUGACAAGCUCAAAAGUAUAUACAAACAAAAAGAUUAUAGUCUUAAAAUCAUCCGAUGAUACUGCCGAUGUAGAUGAAAUGAAUCGUGAACUUAGCAGCAUCCUUGAUUCGGCUGAUACAGUAGCCAAAAUUCAAGAAACAGUAUUAACUAAUCUCACACAGAUUUCUUCAUCGGUUGGUGAAAAUUCGCAAAAGAUUUAUACUGAAAAAUUGAAACAACCGCAUAUUGUUGCAUCUACGUCAAUGGAGGUUGACCAGGAACCCUCUGAGGUAGAAGAGGUAAUUAACGAAAAAGAGCAGGAAAACAACUUGAAGAUUGAAGCAGUUGAUUCAAUGGAUGUUUUAGAUACCCAAGUGAUAGAAUUUAAAACGAAUUUAGAACAAUCCACUGAACAAAUCGUUGAACAAGAUGAAAAUCAAGAAUCUAAUUUAGCCUUGGAUAGCCAAGAUCUUUCAGGGUCUACAGAUAUUUUUGAACCAUCGGACAACGUCUUAGACGUUCAGAAAAAUGACAGUACGUUAGGGGAUUCGGUUAUUGAGUUACAUCACGAGAAUGAUACUAUUAAUUUGAACGAUACCAAUGAUAGUCAAGACAGUCUUGAAGAUAAGCUUUCACAAAUGGAAGGUUAAAUUUUAGUAAAGGUGUUCGUCCAAUGAACCAACCCGAUACUAUUCUAAGUGCAUCUUAAAGGAAUUUCUAGAUGUACGUAUUUUUAGUUAUGAGUCGAAUUAUUCAUUUAAAAAUUAAGUAUAUUGAUAUAUUAUCUCACACAUGCACACUGACGACACAUAAUACAGACAGACAGACAGACAGACAGACAGACAGACAGACACAUCCAGUCCAUUCAUACGUUUCAUUCAUUCUUUUACAGCUAUAAUCGUUCUUGCAAUCGAAACAAACUAUUUACAUGAAUGCACUGAU